CGGAUGUCGUCAUUGUAGCUGACUUGACGCUGCUGCCUGCAGGUUUUCACAGACCCGGAGAGUGGUGGUGGACUGGGACAGAAGACCAAACGCUUGUCUUAAAAGAUUCUGACAUAUUCACUCCAGAGUGCGAAACUUUUGACGAGCUAGAGCCGACUGUGGACCGUCCUGAAGGCGGCUGUGAGCACCAUGAACAAAAUAUAUGGAGUCUGUUUCCAUGCUGUUCGUCAAGCGGCAGGUCUGAAGGCAUCGAGGUUGCUUCAACACAGAGCCUUCAGAGCCAGUGCCGUGCACGGACAGCAGCCCUUUGAUUCGUCAAUGGAAAAGCCACAGUUUCCUGGAGCCUCAGCUGAGUAUGUGGAUCACCUUGAGUUCAUCCAGCCCAAUGUCAUCUCUGGGAUCCCAGUGUACCGGGUGAUGGACCGGCAAGGCAAUAUCAUCGACCCCACUCAAGACCCUCAGCUCUCCAAAGAGACGGUCUUGAACUUUUACCAGAAGAUGACUCUGCUGAACACAAUGGACCGCAUUCUUUAUGAAUCUCAGAGACAGGGUCGGAUUUCCUUCUACAUGACAAACUAUGGUGAGGAGGGGACACAUAUCGGUAGUGCUGCUGCUCUCGACCCAAGUGACCUGGUCUUCGGUCAAUACAGAGAGGCUGGAGUGCUGAUGUAUCGAGGUUUUCCUCUGGAUUUGUUCAUGGCUCAGUGCUACGCUAACGCUGAUGACCUUGGAAAGGGCCGGCAGAUGCCCGUCCACUACGGCUCCAAAGACCUGAACUUUGUAACCAUCUCUUCUCCUCUGGCCACACAAAUUCCUCAGGCGGUCGGAGCUGCGUAUGCAAUUAAGAGAGAAAACACCAACCGAGCUGUAAUCUGUUAUUUCGGAGAGGGAGCAGCUAGCGAAGGCGACGCCCACGCUGGCUUCAACUUCUCUGCCACCCUCGAGUGCCCUAUGAUCUUCUUCUGCCGUAACAAUGGUUACGCCAUCUCUACCCCCACCAACGAGCAGUACAGAGGAGACGGCAUCGCUGCUCGCGGUCCCGGUUACGGCAUGAUGUCCAUCCGUGUCGAUGGUAAUGAUGUGUUUGCUGUGUACAACGCUACAAAGGAAGCUCGCCGCAGGGCCGUGGCUGAGAACCAGCCUUUCCUCAUUGAGGCAAUGACCUACAGAGUCGGCCACCACAGCACCAGUGAUGACAGCUCGGCUUACCGUUCGGUGGACGAGGUGAACUACUGGGACAAGCAGGACCAUCCCAUCUCCAGGCUGAGACAUUACAUGACAGCCCGCAACUGGUGGAGCGAGGACGACGAGAGGAACUGGCGGAAGCAAUCCCGCAAGAUGGUGAUGGAGGUGUUCGAGAGGGCCGAGAGACGCCUGAAACCCAACCCCGAGCUGCUCUUCACCGACGUGUACCAGGAGAUGACGCCCAGCCUGACCAAGCAGAGGGAAUCCCUGUGGAGGCACGUGCAGCAGUACAAGGAGCAUUACCCGCUUGAUAUGUAUGAUAAAUAACUGCACAGGCUGACGGGAAGGAACGAGUAGUGAUUUGGUGAAGAGAUAUGGAGUGGGUGAGGAGUGAGACUGGGAUAAACUGUUGCACAUCUUUUACUGUAUUCAUAAAAAAACUAGUUUUGAUAUAACACGUCAUUUCUUCUGCACAACAGAGCGGAGUGGAGGAUUGUGCUUUCAGAAAUAUAUUUCAUGCCUCUGGGUUUGGUGCCUUACGUUUAUAGAUUUACUGUCGGUAGUGAAACACCCUGAAUGACACCUGUUUCAUAUUAAACCAUCAUCAUCAUCAUCAAUGUUCUUAUUUUUAAGUUCAGCAAAAAGCAGCAGUUUGAAAGCGGUUUGCAAACAAAAUCAAACAAAUCCAGCUAUACACGGUGGAGGUUUAACCUUCUUGUGCAUCUUCCUUCUGCCAACUUCUUCAGUGGUAUUUAAUAGGUUUCCUUGUGUAUCAUUGAGGUGACUGAUUUUUUUCUUAUUUGAAUGGUUUUUAGUAUACUCACCCAAAUUUUAGAUGGGUUUGUAUGCUGUAAUGCUGUUACACACUAUCCUAAAUCCCAGAACUGUACACUCAUUUAGCACAUAUUACAUGUUUGGUGUUUUGUGUAAAAUAAAAGAUCGAACUUGGAACUUUCA